UACUAUCAAAAACUCAAAGUUACAUUUGUAGAAAUUUUAUUUAUGACAAAACAAGUAUAUUAUCUUUUAAAAGAAUAAAAAGAUAAAUAUAACGUAGCCUAGUAUAUUAUCUUUUAAAAAUCUCGCUUCUGCUUUUCCAUACGCUUAAGCUUCCAAGUACCAGCUUCCGUUUCCAUGUAACGUAGCCUAGUACUAUAUAUUAGUCAGGACAGGAGAAAACGAAAUCUCAUUCAACGUUCGGUUUCAUGGAUUCUCCAUCGAACCCCGCCCAAAACCCUAGCUCCUUCCACGCCAAUUCGAUAAUCUCAUCACUCCUUUCGUUUCCAAAUUCCUCUCCGAACUCAAUCUCCUCCUCCUUCGAUCGAGAGCUCGAAAAAGCUCUCGCAUCUGCUUCCCAUGACGCCUCCGUUCAGGAAAAUCUCGUGGAUCGAACACUCCAGCUCGCAUCUCUUCUUCUAGAAUCCACCAAACGAUCCUCCCGCAAGCGAGCUCCCGCUCACAACUCCAGUUCCUGGUUCCUCCCUUCCGAACUCACCGUCAAGGUCUUUUCGAUGCUUGAUACAAGGUCUUUAAUGCAAGCGGCUACGUGCUGCAUAAUGUUCAACAAAUGUGCGAUGGACCGUUUUUCUUACGUCCAUGUCGACUUGACAACAUGUACUAGUCAUGUUGACAGGAAGGUUGUGUGUACUAUGCUCGAUCGGGCUGGAAAAGAGCUAAGAUCCCUCAAGCUUGGCAGUCUUGCUCGCCCACGUCGGUCUGAUUCUAUUCCAUAUUGGGUUAACGGACGUUUUCUUUCCACACACUCCUAUAAGUAUAAGUUUAUUUGCAGGAGUCGCUUGAAAAGCCUUUGGCUAUACAAUAUCAGAUGGGAGAACCUUACUCCCUUAUUCUCGGUGUUGUCAGUUUGUUCGAAUCUCACUGAUCUGAGGAUUGUUGGCUUGAAGGAGUCGUCAUUUAUGUAUCUAUUUGUGCCACUGACAGCAAACUGUCGUCUGAUAAAGCACUUGUGCAUAGAGACCUAUAAGCUCCUAGAUACCGUAGACAAUGUACACGGUUCAGGCUUGAUAGAGUUUGUGACCAACUCCCCCAACUUAACUUCUCUAAGGCUCAUUGGUUUCCGACUAACUGAUGAAGUGGCAUGUACUCUUGCUCAGAGUUCUCGUACACUGAAGUACCUGAAUUUGUCUAGAUCGCAUACAAUCAAAGGUCGUUUUCUGAGGGAUUUGGGAAAUAGCUGCAAAGAGAAUCCACUCAGGACUCUAAUAAUGCGCAACUGCCUUCAACUGCAGGAGAAAGAAGUUGUGGAACUCUGUAACUCAUUACUCAAAGGAAAGUUGAAAUCCAUUCGGCACAUUGAUGUUUCAAAUGAGAGAGGCUUAGCUUCUUCUGAUGGCGUGAGAUCUUACAAUCUAAAGUUUCCUCUUGAGAAGCUGAAAGAAAAACGAUCAGAUGUCACAUUUGUUGCGGAUUUUCCACUAUCAAAAAGGUCAGGGAUGCAUUAUCCUGUCUGCCAUGAAGAAGAUGGCGAAGAGCAGAGGGAGAUAGAGAUGUUGGAAGCUGGUUGGUCGUCUGACUCAUCCUCCUCUGAUUACUCAUCAGAAGAUGACUUGGGAUGAUGAUACAAACCAAGAUGACUUGGGAGGGGAUGUUUAUCUUUGAUUUUAGUCAAAGCUUGAAGACAUACAUGUUUAUUUGUUGGCAAAUUAUCUUCUUAUUUGCAACUGAAACAAAUACCAAAAACGACAAAUAAAAUAAAGACAUACAUGUAUUUCCGGUUUACCAUCUUGGUUCCGUUUGAUCUUCUGCAGUUUGGUUCUGUGCUCUCAUCAUUCACUACCCCGCCCUCCGAAAGUGUGCUUGUCCUUAAGAUCGAUGGUUGUCUCCUCAUUAUUUUGGAAGACUGUCAUCUAUGUCUGCACCUUCCAUGAGCAACAAUUGGCAAGUCCAACAUAUGUGCCCCGGUGUAUACCUUUCAUCACAGAUGAAACAUAGACCAAGACUACGCUUACAUUUUAUCAUACCCCAACUCAAAUGUCUUGGGUGCUUUUGCGAGGCUUGGUCAAAGAAUAAGAGUUAACUGAAGUACAUAAGUACGUGCCACACGGGCAAACCUAGGCCAUUAAUCUAGUGUGUGCA